AUGGUCGAUAUGAUGUGGGCAAAAUGUUCUGAAUCCUCUGACAAUGAAAGGAGGAAGAAGGGACAAGUACAUUUGUGUAUCUCUGGUGGUGUUGGAAGUAGGUGUGGAAGUAAAUUUUCCGUUUCUGCACCGUACCUUCUAACACAGGAUUGUGCAGGGCAUAACCGGGCGUGUAGUUCUCCCGUGUGUAAUUCCCCCGCAUGGACGUCCCCCGAGUGGAGGCCCACCCCACGCUCAUCGAGAAAUCUCUCUGAAGUGGUUCUGCGACAGUUGGAGAAGUACAUUGACUCAAGUAACAUAAAGCUACUUGAAAAGAAGAAACCAGUGAAGACCCCGCCCAUAAGCUGCACGCCGGAAACGGAAGAUAAAAUAGAAUCCCUGAGGAAGGAGCAUGAAAAGAGCAUCAGCGAGGAGGGUACCGAUAUUGUGGAAAUUGAAAUCAGCGAUAAUAAGGAAAAGGUAGAGGAGAAGGAUAAAAGCGACACACAGAGCCAAGUGCAGCAUGAGAAUGUGUUAGAGAAGGAAUUAACGCAGGAAGAAUUUGACACUAUGGUGGGGAUACUACGUGGGUACAUUGAAGUAAGAGAUAUGUAUGCCCUGUGGAACUAUGUGAAGAAGAGCGGGCGAGAAGAAUAUUUGAAGUUGAAAGAGGAGCUGUGGAAGGACUGUGAAAAUAUGUCUUUAACCUACAACAUCCCAGAAGAGCUUACAAUGAAGGAGUGGAAAAAAGCUUACCAGGACUUGAAGGACAAGUUUCGUACAAAGGUAAAGGACGAUUAUGCAGACUUGAAAGUGUUUAUAGAUGAAGGAUGUAACCUUCGCUGGGAAUAUAUUGCUUUCAUUAUUCAAAAGUAUGAGUCGUGGGAGGAUUUUGUGGACACUGCCAAGGAGAGCUGGAAGAAGUCCCUAUCGGAGAUAUUUGAAAAAUAUGUGGAGGAUGCCCAGGAGAAGAAAAUUGAAAAGACCCCAAAGACUGGCACCAAGGUUCAUUGUGACAACAAGUAUAAUGAGGAGAACAAAAUAAUGGUUAGCGAGAUAUUGUCAUGA